AUGGUGAAGCUCAUUCCACCAUCGUUUCCGCCCCGGCGGCCUUCGAGCUUCCUCCGCUACGCCGCCGCUGUCAUCUUUUUCGUGGCUCUCUUCUACUACUUCGACCCGCGAUACCCAAGAGAACCUCUGACACAGCUUCAACCAGAGAAGCCGAAGCAACCCCCGCAAACACCAGACCCGGUGGCUCCGGCACAGUUCGAGGAUGUCACAAAGCCGACGGCUCAGGCCGAGACGACACCGAUACCUCCGAAAGCCGAUCAAGCAUCGUCGGGAGCUAAACCCCCCUCAGCGGGCAAUACCAAGGUUGAAGGCGGUGUCGAUCCGUCAAAAGGACAUCCCAUAGAUGCCUUGAUCAAAGAGGCCGACGAAACGUUUGAUAAGUUGUUGGAGAAGGAGACCAAGACGCUGCCCGCCGCGGCCAAGGCCUACCGCGAGCGACGUGGUCGCCACCCUCCCCCGGGCUUUGACGCAUGGUUUCAAUUCGCCCAGGACCGCAAGGCUGUCAUUGUGGAGGACUUUUUUGACCAGAUCUACCACGACCUAAAACCGUUCUGGGGCCUCGAACCAUCACGCAUCCGAAAAGAGGCGGCUGAAUGGGAGAUGGUGAUCAAGGUGCGCAAGGGACGAGCCACCCGUAUCAGCGACUGGUUCUGGACCAUCCACUGGACAAACAUGCUCAAGACCAUUGAACACCUGCUACCCGACAUGGACAUCGCCCUGAAUCCGAUGGACGAGCCGCGCAUGGUGGUGCCGUUUGAGGAUAUGGAGCAGCAUUUGAGGGACGCUGCCCUGACGGAAGGGAUGCCCGAACCGAAAAAGGUUAUGAACACAUUCCAGGCCCUGCCUAGUAGCAAAAAGGAGCUCGACCGCAACGUCAAGGUCAAGAGCAAGCACUGGGAUAAAGUCACGAAACAGUACUGGCUCAUUGCCCGCCGUGGGUGCCCUCCCGACAGUCCUGCUCGACUGGCAAAGACGCAAAGGACCUUUAACCAUGCCCCCGCCGUUUCGACAAAGUAUGCCAAGCCGCAUAUGCGCGACGGUUUUGUUUCCAACUACACUCUCUCGACCCAUAUCUGUCACCAACCCGACCUGCAAGGCCUCAAUGGCAUCUUCAUUGAGCCCCUAAGCACAGCUGCCACGCCUGUGCUGUUUCCAAUGUUUGGCGGUUCCAAGCUGGCCGUCAACAAUGAGAUCCUGCUUCCUGCAGCCAUGUACUGGACGGAGGAAGAACGGUUCAGUGGCGGCGGGUACCAUGGGGGCCGCUGGAACAAGAAGAAGGACGCGGUGCUCUGGCGCGGCGUCGCAACGGGUGGGCGCAACCGCGUGGAUAACUGGCAAGGGUUCCAGCGCCACCGGUUCGUGGCCAUGAACAACGCGACCAAGGUCACGGGCGCCGAAGACGGCACGAUGGACCCGAUCAACUUUUCCCUGCCCGACAAGAUGUACAACAUUGCAGCGCAGGCGGUGGGCGGGCUGGGCGACUGGAUCAAGUCGUGGGCCAAUGUUGGGUUUACGGAUCUCAUGUGCGAGCCCGAGGGCAAGGCCGGAACGUGCAACUACACGAGCCCCUAUUUCAACAUCACCGAGGGGGUUAUGCUCUCCGAGAUGUACGACAACAAGUACCUCCCCGACGUUGACGGCAACAGCUUUUCAGGCCGGUACCUCGCGUUCCUGGGCAGCACGAGUCUCCCCAUCAAGUCGACGCUUUGGCGGGAAUGGCACGACAGCCGUCUCGUUGCAUGGAAACACUUUGUGCCGAUGGACACGCGGUAUAAUGAAUAUUACGGCAUCAUGGAAUACUUUUUGGGAUAUGGUGACGAGAGGCCAGGCCAUGACGCCGAAGCGGAGAAGAUUGCCAUGGCGGGCAAGGCGUGGGCCGAGAAGGCGCUGCGUAAGGAAGACAUGCAGAUUUACACUCUGCGGUUGCUUCUCGAGUACGCGCGCGUUACGGACGAGAGAAGAGAGAGGAUGGGCUGGGUGCAUGACUUGCUGGCGGAGCAGACAUCCAGUUGA